CCGCGGUUUCCCUGACAACCCGCGGAGGCCGGGCGGGCGGGCGGCCCGUGGGGAGCGAUGCUCGCCCGGCGGCGGCGGCGGGAUCCCCUGCAGGCGGUGCGGCGGAGCGGCCGAGAGCUGAAGCUACAGGUUGAUAGUUUGCUUUCAGAGAGCCAAUCACAAGGAGCUCUAGAGCCCAAUAAAAGGCGAGAUAUUUAUCAAAGAUGUAUCCAGUUAAAACGGGCAAUAGAUGAAAAUAAAACUGCUCUUCAAAAACUGAACAAAGCUGACGAAGCUGCACCUGUUGGGAACUAUGAGCAGAGAAAGGAGGAGGAGCAGAUGCUUCUGGACAGGCUCACCCUGCAGCUGCAGGAACUUGCUGUGGACAUGAGCAGAGAGCCUACCAAUGAAGCUGACACACUUCAUGAGAACAAGGAAGAUGAUGACUCCCCCGGAGAGGAUGACGAGGAAAGUGAAGAGAGCCAAGAAAGCAGUGGAGAGGAGGAAGAUGAAGAAGAGGAGGAACAAGAGUCUCCCAAACAAGCAACAAGUCAACAAUACAUUGCUCUUGGAGACUUUACCGCCCAGCAAGCUGGAGAUCUUACAUUUAAAAAAGGGGAAAUUCUGCUUAUAAUUGAAAAGAAGCCGGAUGGUUGGUGGAUAGCUAAGAAUGCCCAAGGAAAUGAAGGUCUCAUUCCCAGAACAUACCUGGAGCCCUGUGAUGGUGACGAUCCCGAGUCCAGCGAGGAGCCCAGUGAGGACAGUGAGAAAGGCACUGACCAGGACAUGGACGUGGAGGACGAGACCGCAGACGGAGCGGAAGUUAAGCAAAGAACUGACUCCCACUGGAAUGCUGUUCAGAAAGCUGUCUCCGAGAUAAACACAGUGGAUGUAUUGACCACAAUGGGGGCGAUUCCCGCCGGGUUCAGGCCUUCCACCCUCUCCAGGCUGCUGGAGGAAGGAAAUCAGUUUCGAACAAGUUACUUCUUACAACCAGAGCUCACCGCAUCCCAGCUGGCCUUCCGAGAUCUACUGUGGGAUGCCGAAGCCGGCACCAUUAGGCCAAGGCCAAGCCGCGUCUCGCUGACCAUGACCCUGUGGAGCUGUAAGGCGAUUCCUCUCCCUGGACCCAGCCUUCAGGUGCUCAGCAGACACGUCCGCCUCUGUCUGUUCGAUGGCAGUAAGGUUUUGAGCAACAUUCACACAGUCAGAGCCACGUGGCAAUCUAAAAAGCCCAAAACCUGGACCUUUUCUCCCCAGGUCACUGGCCUCCUGCCCUGUUUGCUGGACGGUGACUGUUUUAUCAGGUCCAAUUCUUCAUCUCUAGACCUUGGAAUAUUAUUUGAACUUGGAAUUUCCUAUAUUCGCAAUUCCACUGGUGAAAGAGGAGAGCUGAGCUGCGGCUGGGUGUUUCUUAAACUCUUUGACACCAAUGGUGUUCCUAUUCCAGCAAAAACGCACGAGCUCUUCCUGAAUGGCGGCACUCCUCACGAGAAAGGUGUUGAGGUGGACCCUUCCCUGUCCAGAAGAGCCCAGGGCAGUGUUUUCCACCAGAUGAUGAGCAUGCGCAGGCAGCCUCAACUCCUCGUGAAGCUGAGGUCUCUGAACAGGAGGUCGAGAACCGUGCUGAGUCUCCUGCCAGAAACACUGAUUGGAAGUAUGUGUUCCUCUCACCUGUUGGUGUUUUAUCGGCAAAUCCUUGGAGAUGCGCUCCUGAGAGACAGAGCGAGCCUGCAGAGUGCUGAUCUCAUCAGCCACCCCGUGCUGGCCACCUUCCCCAGGCUCUGGGAGCAGACCGACGUGCUGGACGCGCUCAGGAGUGCAUGGGCUGAGAAAGAAAGUACCUUGAAAAGAUCAGAGAAGAGAGACAGAGAGCUCGUGAAGGCCAAGUUCCUCCUGGUGUACCACGACUGCGUGCUCCCUCUCCUGCACUCCACACUCCUGCCCCCGCCCCGGUGGGCCGAGGAGGAGACGGAGGACGCCCGCUGGAAGGCCAUCGCCAGCCUCCUCAAGCACAGCAGAGAGAACCAGGGCGCCCUGAAGGCUCUGCUGUCCCCCGAUGGAGCCCACGAGCCUUUCGACCUCUCUGAGCAGACCUAUGACUUCCUAGGUGAGGUUAGAAAGAACCUGGCCUGAAAGUGGCGGCCUGGGCCCCGCCUCCCACCGCGUCUGCCGGCCCGUGCUGGCCUGAAUCACCUGACAGAACCAGAGACUCCUUGCAACCUGGGCCCGAUGGAUUUUGUACACCUAUUUUUAGACAAAGAGCCAAUAAUUUUAGUAUAUCUUAAAACAAUAAAGUAUGUAAAGAAUACUGUUA